CCGUUGAAAUCCCUCACGGUGUCUUGCUGCGGCGCCGCUCCUCCUAGGAUGGCUGCCCUGGUUCUAAGCAAGCCUGGAACCGGGCUAGACAGUGGCCGUCAGUGCAGCCGGGGUACGGCCGUGGUGAAGGUGCUGGAGUGUGGGGUUUGCGAAGAUGUCUUUUCUUUGCAAGGAGACAAAGUUCCCCGCCUUCUGCUUUGUGGCCACACAGUCUGUCAUGACUGUCUCACCCGCCUGCCUCUUCACGGAAGAGCAAUCCGUUGCCCUUUUGAUCGACAAGUAACAGACCUAGGAGAUUCAGGUGUCUGGGGAUUGAAAAAAAAUUUUGCUUUAUUGGAGCUUUUGGAACGACUACAGAAUGGACAUAUUGGUCAGUAUGGCACUGCAGAAGAAGCCAUUGGGACAUCUGGAGAGAGCAUCAUUCGUUGUGAUGAAGAUGAAGCUCAUGUUGCAUCAGUAUAUUGCACUGUAUGUGCAACUCACUUGUGCUCAGAGUGUUCCCAAGUUACUCAUUCUACAAAGACAUUAGCAAAGCACAGGCGAGUGCCUCUUGCUGAUAAACCUCAUGAGAAAACCAUGUGCUCUCAGCAUCAGGUGCAUGCCAUUGAGUUUGUUUGUUUGGAAGAAGGCUGUCAAACUAGUCCACUUAUGUGCUGUGUCUGCAAAGAAUAUGGAAAACACCAAGGUCACAAGCAUUCAGUAUUGGAACCAGAAGCUAACCAGAUCCGAGCAUCAAUUUUAGAUAUGGCUCACUGCAUACGGACCUUCACUGAGGAAAUCUCAGAUUAUUCCAGAAAAUUAGUUGGAAUUGUUCAGCACAUUGAAGGAGGAGAACAAAUAAUAGAAGAUGGAAUUGGAAUGGCCCACACAGAACAUGUACCAGGUACUGCGGAGAAUGCCCGGUCAUGUGUUAGAGCUUAUUUUUCUGAUCUACAUGAAACUCUGUGUCGUCAAGAAGAAAUGGCUCUAAGUGUUGUUGAUGCUCAUGUUCGAGAAAAAUUGAUUUGGCUCAGGCAACAACAAGAAGAUAUGACUAUUUUGUUGUCCCAGGUUUCCACAGCUUGUCUCCAUUGUGAAAAGACUCUGCAGCAGGAUGAUUGUCGAGUUGUCUUGGCAAAACAAGAAAUUACAAGGCUGCUAGAAACAUUGCAAAAACAACAGCAGCAGUUUACAGAGGUUGCAGAUCAUAUUCAAUUGGAUGCCAGCAUCCCUGUCACUUUUACAAAGGACAAUAGAGUUCACAUUGGACCAAAAAUGGAAAUUCGAGUUGUUACAUUAGGAUUAGAUGGCGCUGGAAAAACUACUAUUUUGUUUAAGUUAAAACAGGAUGAGUUUAUGCAGCCUAUUCCAACAAUUGGUUUUAAUGUGGAAACUGUAGAAUAUAAAAACCUGAAGUUCACUAUUUGGGAUGUAGGUGGAAAACACAAAUUAAGACCAUUGUGGAAACAUUAUUACCUCAAUACCCAAGCUGUUGUAUUUGUUGUUGAUAGCAGUCAUAGAGACAGAGUUAAUGAAGCACACAGUGAACUUGCAAAGCUGUUAACAGAAAAAGAACUCCGAGAUGCUUUGCUUCUGAUUUUUGCUAACAAGCAGGAUGUUGCUGGAGCCCUUUCAGUAGAAGAAAUCACUGAACUUCUCAGUCUUCAUAAACUGUGCUGUGGUCGUAGCUGGUAUAUCCAGGGCUGUGAUGCUCGAAGUGGCAUGGGACUAUAUGAAGGGUUGGACUGGCUCUCACGGCAACUUGUGGCUGCUGGAGUAUUGGAUGUUGCUUGAUUAUAUAUGCAACAGUUGUUUCAAGUUUUGUGGUUAAGAGUUAUUUUGCACAUAAUAUAUUAUUAAGAAAUUCUACAUCUCAAGAUAUUAAUUUAGAAUACAUAUAUAAAAGGAAUAUUGGAUUGGGAGAGCAGCACAAUAUUGCUUUUAAAAAUAUUAUUCUGUAGCAAAUUUAAAUAUCUGAGUAGAUUAAAUUGGAGUAAAAAGGGUUUCUUGAGUAUACAUUUUUUUAAAUGUACAUUUGUUAUUUGAGUUUUUCAGAUUAUAUGUGACCCCUAUAUUGGGAAGGAAAGUUACAGAGAAGGGUUAGUGAAGGCUUGUUCUUACUGCCCACUGAGUGCCUAAUGGAACCUCUGUGUGAAGCAAAUGAAGCAUGACUUUAACUAGACUUUUCACUGAACUUUUGCAGGUUUAGUAGUGAGAAUGGCAAUGACUUAAUGAAAGAGAAUCCACAAAUUGCAUCUUUGGGUAAUAGGUUACUUUUAUCUUUAGUGUAACAGAAUACCUUUAAUACUAAGACUAUAAGCUAUAGAAAAUUAAUGUUUUAUACAGUGUUUUCUUAAAACUUUCUCCUAAAGCAUUUUGUAUAAAACCCAGUAAGUCAGAAUGAAAUGUUGCUUAACUAAGCCUGUCAAAUUAGUACUAACCUAAAGAAGAAUUAAUAAUAAGAAAACUGUGAAAGUCAGUUAUGUUCUAGUUGAUCUUCACUUAUGAAAGACCCAUUUCCGGGGCUGAAGCUGGAUGUAUUAUUUCCUAGGUCACAGCUCUAACCUGUUUUUUCUAUUUUUUCAGCUUAUUUGAAGUAUUACUUAAUGUUUAAAAGUAACAUGGUAUCCUUAGUGAGAAUCACUGUACUUAAAAGCUAUUAAAACAAGGGUUGGGCUUACAUAAAAGAGAAAGAUCUAAGUAGAAAACUGCCUUCACCUUAAAUCAUUUAAACAAUGGAGAAUAAUUUUCCAAAGUAUGUGCAUUUAUCUUGAGAGUAAAACAUGAUCAAGGCUCUUUGUAACAAGGCCUUAAAAGUUAUUUAAGAGAAAAAGCAUGUCCAAGGGAGGAAAAGAAAACGUUGAAAAAGUUUACAUUUAUUAAGCAGUGUUGUAAGUAAAAGUUUAAAAAUUUUGUGCUUUAGUGUUUUUCAUUUUUAAGGAUAUUCCCUUAUUAUGGCAGUACAACUUACUAUAUUUAAACAUAGCUAGAUUGGAUUUCAUGGUUUUUUAAAAAACACUUUUUAUAUUUUAGGAUGAAGUUGAAUCAUAAAUCUUAGUUUAACUACUGUGAGGACAUUGAUGUCUAAUGACAAGAUGUGACACGUGGUGGUACUGUUUUGGUUCACUCUCUUCAAAUAUAUUUUUGGUUGUUUAAAAACAACAAAGCUUUUAGAAAACAAAGCAUUGAAAAAAAGUCCAGUGUUAUGGGCAAUGUGUAAAUAAGUAAAUAUAAUUGUCCUUUAUUUUUCAAGUAAAAGGUCAUGCUGUUACAAGUGUAGUUUGUGCAUAUAAGUAAUACUUCUGAAUUAAAUUAUUUAAUAUUGGACUGAUUGCAAUAACUGUGAAAAAAAAGUAGGUAUUACACACAUUUGCCUGUGAGCCUUUGAACUGUUUUCUCUACUAGGUUACUGAAAGAAAAAUGUGUAACACUAAUAUGUAAACUUGCUUUUCUUGUAAAUUAUUAAAUAUAUUUCACCAAUUUUGUUAAACUUUAUAAUUCACAUUCUUAGCAUAUUACUAAACACAAUUUAAAAAUUGUGCUUAGACCUGAUUAUAAUGUACAUAAUAGUGGUGUUUCUGUGUAAUUUCUUUUUAAGAAAUACUUUUCUUAGGCUGUUACUAUUUGUGGUUGUACUAUUUCACUAAUGAUUAGUUAAGAUUGUGCUAGUUCCCUCUGGGAAAUGUCAGAUUUAAGAAUGAGAGAGGCAUUUUAAGUCCAGCCUAUUAGGAUUUGAUUCCUAGCUUUGAAUAUCUGUAUUAGGCCUACAUAUUACUGUAUGAUUUUUGUAAAGCAGGUUUUUCAAGUGUAUAAACCCAGGUCUGUAAAUCUGGAAUGCUUUAUAAUCACCGGACUACACAUAUGAUCAGUAUAGACAGCAAUAAAAUGUUA